AUUCCGAGUUAGUCAACCAUUUCUUACUGACACGGCGUGAUAGAAAGUUUAUGGAAGUUUAAGAUCGGCGGAAUGAUGUUUGCAACGAAAUGGACGGAAUCCUAAUUUGGAAAUCGAGCCAAAUCCUAAGAUGAUCAAGAGGAAUUUGACUCGCCUGUUCAUUGUUGGAAUAUUUUUGAUCUGCCUUACUUUAUUUGUAACCAAAGGAAGUUUAUUUUGUAAUAUAUUUGUACCAAACGAGUAUACAAAGGAACGCGAAUGUCAAACGCUUCAUGUCAAAAAAGACAUUCCACGUAUUUAUAUUGUGACGCCAACUCAUACACGGCUUACACAAAAAGCAGACUUGACGCGACUAUCUUAUACAUUGCGUCUUGUGCCAAACAUUCGCUGGAUAGUUGUAGAAGAUGCUGACCAACCAUCAGAUAUUGUGAAAAAUCUUUUAGCAAGCAGUGAACUACAUUACACACACUUAUUUGCCAAAACUCGGCCUGAAUCACUGAAGAAGACUGCUGAAAGAUGGCGACCACACAGAGGAGUAGACCAAAGAAACGAAGCAAUACGCUGGAUUAGACAAAAUGCGAAACAAACAGGAGUUGUCUACUUUGCUGAUGAUGAUAACACAUAUGAUAUCAGGCUCUUUGAAGAGAUGCGGUACACUAAAAAGAUGUCUGUGUGGCCAGUUGGGCUGGUUGCUGGUAUACGAUACGAGGCGCCUAAAGUCCGCAAUGGGAAGGUUGUUGGUUGGCACACCUCCUUACCUCGCAAUAUAAGCACUGACAUGGCGGGGUUCGCAGUAAGCCUACAGCUGUUGGAUGACAAUGCUGGUGCACAAUUCCGAGCCACUGCGGCGUCGGGAUAUCUAGAAGCGGAUUUCAUCAAACAACUCGGUGUGACAUUGUCAGAUUUGGAGCCUCGAGCUGAAGAAUGCACUAAGGUUCUUGUCUGGCAUACAAAAACGGAAAAAUCAUCAAUUAAGAACGAGGCUUUAAUCCUGAAAUGGUACAACUACACCUCUGAUCCUAAUAUUGAAGUCUGAAUGAUUAACAGUUUUAUGUUGUGCAAUCGAUUAUGUUUUGGAUAAAAAAUAAAUACGC